AUGUUGUUAUUCAGAGUUUCACACUGUGUGAUCCUCAGACAACUAAAACAGAACCUGAAACAUGUUGUUACUCAGAGUUUCACACUGUGUGAUCUUCAGACAACUAAAACAGAACCUGAAACAUGUUGUUACUCAGAGUUUCACACUAUGUGA